CGGCACUCGCUUCAAGUGGACCAUUUACUGAGUUUUAGUUCGGAGAAACAUUCUUGCACUAAAGGAGGCUUCUUCAUCUAAAAGUAGGGAGAUUUAAAAAGGCAUGUCAUUUGUCAUUCACCCAGAUGAUUUGCUGUGCAGUUAAAUUUGAAGUUUCUUCCGAAUUAGUACCACAAGCCGUUGUAGUACUUGAGUGUUACUACUAUUUGACUCUUGACUUGGCUCUCUGAAACGAGUGAAACAGAGAGAGAAAAUUCUAAAAAUGCAUAUUAGAAGGAUGGCUUCGACAACGAUGAUAAUGGUGGUGUUCUUGCCUGUGUUGAUGUUGUCCCUGUGCGAAUGUCGACAUCACAAGCCUCCUAGACCUCCAUUUCACUACUAUAGCAUUGCGAAGAAAGGCCUAUGCCCUGAAGGAGGAGGAGAUAAACACGCCGGCUGUGAACAGUGGAAAAAACAAGGAUACUGUACUCCAGGGCACCUUUACUUUGAUUUUGUGUCGACCAACUGUCCUGCCUCGUGCGGUAUUUGUCAAGCUCGUCCUACCCCACCUCCUAGGGCUCGAGCUGUAAGAGUAAACAUCAAAGAGUGUCUCAAGGCCCAUAACGCAGUGCGUGCUCUGCACAGGGCUAGACCGCUGACAUGGAACAGGACACUGGCCCGGAAUGCUCAAGCCUGGGCUCUGGACCUUGCAAAGCGGGAUAAAUUCGAGCAUGACAGAGUGAGAGGAGAAGGAGAGAACCUUUACUACUCAGUGGCCAGUAGCGGAAAAAGAGCAACGUGCAAAGACGCACUUGAGGCCUGGUAUGGAGAAGUUUCUGAUUAUCCUUUCUCGCAUCCUCCAAAAUCUAUUUUUGAUAUACCUGGUGUUCAAAUUGGACAUUUUACACAGGUAGUAUGGAAGUCUACCAGGCAACUGGGUGUUGGCAUUGCUUCCAUAAAGCGGGGACACUGGACCAAGACCUACGUUGUGGCUCGCUACACGCCCCCAGGGAAUUAUUGGGGAAGGUUCAAGGAAGAAGUGGGGGAUAUCACUGCUCUGUACUGAGACGAGUUUGUGGUGAUUCAUGUUACUUAGAAGCUGCUCACGGGCAUUUGGCAUGUUUUAUGUCUAGCCCAACAGAACAAGUGUAUAAUGCUAUUCUCUGAUUUAACUUCUAGACCGCUUGACCCCAACGUUCUUUUGAAAUCUUUUUAGAAUGUUUCCCGUCGGACUAUAACGAGCGACAAUUAAAAAUUUCUUUUGAGAA